UUUUGGUACCGUGGUGGCGGUCCUUUAUCGGAAGGCAAUCUGAUUUAAUUGUGGAGCUUCGACCCCGCUGAACUCUUCUGCUGUGCAUGCCGGAUUAAUAACCUAGCCCCUUACCGUUGGCAGUAUCCAAUCAGCGCUGUCAAUGCAAGUGGUUGACCGUGGCGAUGCUGCUACGAGCAAGGCUAGACAGGCAGUAUGGCGGAGGAGGGCAGUGUGUACGAGUUAGAGGGGUUCGAAAAACAAUUACAGAGUUUGUUGACCCGCUACUCAAGUGAUGAAUUGCGAGGCAAUAGUAAACUGUUCUGCUCUGACUUUUGUAAGCUGGUGGAGGAGUAUGCCUCUCGAGGGCAGGUGCCGCUGCCUCAGCUCAGGAUCCUUGAGAUAUCUCUGUGCUAUUUUGCUCGAGCCUGCACCUUCUUUCCAUCCAACUGUGAUCAUGUGCUCCACACACUCAGUAGUCUGGCUUUGAGUCUUUUUGAGUUGCUGCUGUUCUUUGACCAGAAGGACUUCCAUCAGGAGCCACUGAAACAGUUCACUCUUACAUUCCAGGAAUGUCACCAGUUGGCCCUUGGGAGGCUUCAGAAUGUUCACUUACUUCAGGUGGAGCGUUUGGUUCGGGGCGGCGGGCCCUGGGCUGUCCCAGCCUUACAGGCAAUCCUCAGUGAGUCCAAUUUACCUCAGAGUGAAGUGGAUGGGUGCAUCAGCUCCGAGAUGCCGGUGUUCUUUGAACUCCGGGUGCACUACCUCUUAUCCUGUGAGCGGGUCAGUGAGGCUAUGGCCCUGGCUAAGUGUUGUGCUCGGAAUCCCACAGCAGGACAACACUUGUUCUUCCUCCAGGUCUACCUCACGUGGCUGUUCAAAACUUCACAGCAUGACCGCCUACAUAAAGAGGUGGCUGAAUUAAAUGGUAAAGAUGCAAUUCACAUCAUCUGCAGUUUGGAGUGUGAGGAAAAGGACGAGUUGCUACUCGCCCUCAGUAGAGCCUUCCUCUCCCAGCAGCUUCGCAAGGGAGACAUGUACUAUUUGUGUGAUCUUGUCUUCAUAUGGAGUAAACUUCAUAGUCGGUUGAAUACAUCCAAGAACGCUCUACUUGGGGAGAGUCGUCAGCUGAUGCUGUCUGCGACCAAUGUCAACUCAAUCUUCCCAUUCAUCAGAGCAAUACUGAAAGUGCUGGGUGAAGAUGGUAUCCAGUUUUGCGUGGAGCUUUGUGCCAAUGCUCUGGGGUCUUGCCUUCCCUGCGAUGUCAUCACAAAGUCCCUAAUCUACAAAACGAUAGCUGGCUUGCUACCCGAUGACCUGGAGGUUUGCCGGGCAUGUGCUCUUCUCGUCUUCUUCCUCGAACGCACUGUUGAGGCCUACAAGAUGGUGUAUCUUCUUUACAUGCAUCCUGAUCAAGAGUACCACGUGGAGCACAGCCCCAUUAGAAAUCAUGUUCGCUUUGAAACCCUGCAGGUCUUGAAGAAGGACUUGUAUUUUGACCCAGAGUUUUGGAACCUCAUUGCUUUGCGGACCAACUGUUUGAAGCUGAUGAGUGAGAAGGUGGUUAGUGGUGCCCUAGAAGAAAUCAUGGAGGACAAAUGGAUCUUGAGCUACUGCACCAAAGAAGUUGCUUCCCAAUUAAGCACGCCUGUAUGUCAGAAAGGAAGUAAGGACACAGCAGCUAGAAAGCGAAACCAUAAAGAGGACAGACAUCAUAAAGCGGAUACUGACACUGCUUCCAAGAGAUUGAAGCUUCCAUCUCUGCGGCAAAGACAUUAGCAGCAACUGAAGCUUCAGCGAAAACACUCUGUGAAGAGUCUGCCGUCGAGAUGAAAGUCACUAUUGCCUCAAAAGCAGCUAAAGUGACUCAGUCCCCAGGUUUAGAUAACGUCUCCAAAGUUCAAACUGUUAAAGACACAUCAAAAACCACAGCUUCAACUGAGGACAACAGUCAGGUGGUAGUUACUGAUAACAUCCCUCCAGUCUCGACGAGGGCCAACAUUUCAAACAUUAGAUGUUUGAGCCCCACAUCCACACAGUCUCAUGAUGUUCUUAAAAAUAGAAAUCAAGAUCUGAAGUUACUCUCUUCUCAGGCUGAAACAGGCAGAAAUCUUGUAGCCCAACAAAAAGCAGACAUCCCAGACGUGCUCCCCAUUGCGGGCAACAUCAUUUCUGAGGUAGAUGGCACAGAUGUUUUCCCAAAACUCUCAAAAGGAAAUAUGCCUUGUGAAAAUGACACAAGUGGAAGAACAAUGGUCACUUCUAAUACACCUACAGACCAGGAGAGUAUAAAUAACAUAUCUGCUCAGACUUUAGUAACAGAAAUGUUUCCUGAACAUGCACCUGCGGCGGUUGAUCUGGAGAAUUACAAACGGCCGGCUGCAGAGGACAGCUCCUCCAAGAAGUCACCAGCUGGAAAUUCCUUGCAAGUUCCUCCCAAAUUGCACUCUGGCUCCAGCUGCUCUGUAGUUGCUGAUGUGCAAGUGAAGGAAGAGGGAAAUCAGGAUAUUGGUCUAGAAACACCUGAGAACAGUAAACUAUUAGAUACCAAGGAAUCCAAGUUGGAGUACGUCUGUACAUUCUGUAACAAGGUCUUUAAGGGAAGUCGGGUUGUAGCACAUGCUAUGUUCCAUUAUCGUAAAGAUGAGUGCAUGUUCUGUAGGACAAUGUUCAAAGAUGACCUCCUGGCCAUGAUGCACCUUUCUGACCAUAUUGAGAAGCUAAAGAGGAGCAAAGAGUCACCUGGUAAUACCCAAGAAAACUGGGUUUCUGAGACCAAAGAUAUCGCCACACCUAAGACCUCUGCCAAAGCUAAGGACACAAAUGUGGCUUCUGGGUGCCGUAGUAGUGGGAGAACAAGGCAGUCUACUGGUUGUCUUAAAUUAAUAAGCCUUCCGGAUUCAACACCAUCUGGCUCCAGAAAGUUAAGAUCCAAUGACAAUCCAGUGGAUCAUCCAUCUUUACAUGAAAAUAAAUUAAACAUGUCAAAGCAGCUUAAUGAUAAAACUCCUGUUCACAAGGUAAAUGGGCAUAUUGGCAAGAAGAAAGGGCUUGGCAGACCGAAAAAGGACACCAUGAACUCAGCAGCUAAGCAGCCACUCACACGGGAGGAGCUCUCUCAAGCAAGAUCAAAUGAUGAAGCCGAGAAUCCCAGGUUGCAAAAAAAACAAGAUUCAGAGAUGGACUCCUCUGCAACAUCAGGACAGGUAGACAAGUUUGGCUGUUUCACCGAAGAUAAAACGGAGACAAAAUCUCUGCAGGUUCUGAAGCCGUCCACGAAACACAGUGGGAAAGUUGUCGAUGAGAAAAAUGCGGAGCCACAAGAGAGAAUCUGCUGUCCUGUGGAGGGUUGUGCUUGGAUUACAGACCUGUCAAAAAACCGUGUCGCACUCCUGUACCAUGCUCUUGAAGAUCACUACGGUGAAGUCAAACCUUUAGAACUGGCGUUCCGUGUGGGAAACAGCAAAUGUAGUAGUUGCAUGAGGGUUAUGUGGAGUUUUGAUCAUUUUCAACACCACGUUGAAAGACACAGACUCACCCCACGGCAUCCUUGCCUUCAUCAGGGUUGUAAUGCUCGGUUCAAAACUGGAAUGGAAAUGAGGCGCCACGCCAGGAGGCACAGUCCGCUGCAGGCAGAGUGCUGCCGCCCUGGUUGUUGUAAACUAUUUAUUUGUCUCUGGGCAUUGAACCUUCAUGAAAGAGAGCACUAUGCUUCCCAACCCACUAAAGCGGACAAAAACACAACUCAGCAAACGGUUGACAACAAUCCGCCGGAUGGUAAGAAACAACCAGAUCAUAUGCCGCAAGAUGUAACUUCUGCCACAACUGUAAAUAAGACUGUGAGUGUAAAGGCUGCUCUUAAUUUAAGAGGAGAAGCGGUACAUAACUCGUCAACAGGGAAACCUGUUCAGGCUUCAUCUCCCACCACUGUCGGAUCACCUCUGUUGAAAGAGAGAAAUGUGACCAAGGAUUCACACGUCUUAAAGAAUCUUUCUAACAAGGACACGUCCACACAGCCCACAGGCCCAAAUCUGAGAUUAAGGCAAACUUUAAGAAAAGUCAAAGCAACAAAUACAACCGAAAGUCACAAAGUCAUCUCAUCGUCAUUGUUAAAACACAAUAUCAAAGGAAGACAUAAGUUGAAGAAAAAGCAAGUCAAAGUAAACACAAAAGGUCCUAAGAGAAGAGGGCGUCCUCCUAAGUCAAAGGAAGCUGUGCACGAUGAAAACACAACUACUGGCCAGAGCACUCCAGGUGUCAUAGAACACACGGCUCCGCUUGCAACCCCCACUAAAGCAGCAGAGAGCUCGGAUGGGCGCGACGAGUCAAAAGAAGAAAAGAGUCAGCAGGUCCAAGAUGUAGUCAACAGUACAAAAACAUCAAUCAAUGACUCAAAGUCGAAGAAAUCAAUGAUCAAGCAGAUGAGGAUUUUUUUUAAACGAAGGGGCAUUUCUCAUACCUCUACAGCCAUCAUGACCGCUAACAGUUUAAAAGAACCAAUCAGUACCACCUCAGCAGACAAAACACACACGUUGACAGCUGACAAAAUGAAGAAACUGCAUAAAGUGAAAAAACGCUCCGCUCCUAAAGAGAACAGUAGUCAGACUGCUUCUUCAGACUCCAGCAAGUCAAAAAAGACCAAGGUUGCAAGUAGCAAAGCCAACACAAAGAGUGGUAAGAAAAAACGUCCUCUCAAAGAACCAGAGUCUGUCCUGAAAAAGCCCGCCAAGUCCAUAUCUGAUGUCCAGCAAGUCGAGGCCAAAGCAUCAGAAGGACUAGAAAGUUGUGCUGAUGAGGACGGAAAAGGAAA